AUGAAAUUCGCCUUGGCUGUCAACAUGGGACUUUUUUUGCACAACGUUGCCUCUGCCACCCCCACAGUUUCCACAACAGACAGGAACCUGCUCCUCUGUGAAGGUGUAAACAACCAGAGCUACAUGUGUGAGUCAGGCCACUGCUGUGGAGAAUCUCAGUGUUGCAGUUACUACUAUGAGCUCUGGUGGUUUUGGUUGGUCUGGGCUAUCAUCUUUAUUUUGAGUUGCUGCUGUGUUUGUCACCAUCGCCGCACAAAACAUCGACUGCAGCAACAGCAGCGACAGCACGAGAUCAACCUCAUUGCGUACCGUGAAGCACACAACUAUCCCUCAGUACCCUUCUACUUCAGGUUUCUGCCAAGCUACCUCCUGCCAGAUUAUGAAGAAGUAGUCAACAGGCCAUCCACGCCCCCUCCACCCUACAGUGUUUUACACUCAGGACCUUCUUCAGCAGGACCUUCCUCACAGUCUCACACUGAGCAGCAGGAUGGUCACUGUCCAGCCGUUCAACCAACACCAGUGCCCCCCAAUGCGGAUCGCCUGUGCAAUGGGUCCAGUCCAGUGGAGCCACAGCCACCUACUUUAGAUUUAAUGCCAAAGGCUGACAACAAGGCUCCACAGACCACACAAGACUCUGGCGUGAUACUUUUGUCAGAUGGGAUUAGUAGCGAAAGACUCAGUUUUGAGGAAAAAAACGACUGCAAGGAUCCUCUUUUGAAGGACCUUUCGGAUGACAAAGAUAGACUCCCUAAUGGUAGAAGGCGGCGAUUUACAGGCGACUCUGGGAUUGAAGUGUGUGUGUGUGGCACACGUGGCAGCAGUGGCUGUAGUGGAGUGGGUGGUCCGGAAGGUAAGGAGUUUCGUGAGCUGGAGAGCCUGCUCGGUCGAGAGGGAAAUGAUCAGGAGGAGGCUGGAGACUUCUGUGACAGUUGUGUACACCGUUCUUCUUACAACGGGGAAGAGGAGCAGGUGCUUGGUGGGUCGGAAAGGCGGAUGGCACCAGGAUCUUCCCAGACGGCGCACCUCCCAGGAAGUGCCUCACUGCACCCUCCAGUAUGCCUUCUCCUUCACACUAUCAAUGAGCAAGAGGGUCCACACUACACCACCACCAUUGAGCCCCUGGGUUGA